CUGUGAACAUCAUCUUCUUCAUCCUCAUCACCACAGCUGCUUGUUUCACUCAAACAGGAUCUUUUGUCAUUUUUGUGGAGGGGGGAAACAAAAAAAAACACUUUUUUUUCUCGAUGCUUCCAUCCUGAAUAGAUUUGAUGGAAACAUAUCAGAUGGAUGCGCGUCAAAGGACUUUGGAAAUGCGCACUUCUUGUAGAAAAUAAGGAAUAUUUUUUUUUUUUUUUGCACUUUAAAAAUGAUUGUGUUGCUUUUCUUGCUCUCCGUGCCGGGGGGUGCGCUCUGCCAGCUUCGCUACUCGGUAGCGGAGGAGCAGGACCCCGGGACUGUGGUGGGGAAUAUCGCGGACGACUUGGGUCUGGACAUCACCAAACUUUCCGCGCGGCGCUUCCAGACGGUGCCCAGCUCGCGGACCCCCCACCUGGACGUCAACCUGGAGAACGGCGCGCUUUUGGUGAAGGAGAAAAUAGACCGGGAGGACAUUUGCAAGCAGACGACUCCGUGCCUUUUGCACCUGGAAGUCUUCCUGGAGAACCCGCUGGAGCUUUUCCGCGUCGAGAUCGAAGUGAUGGAUAUCAACGACAACCCUCCCGCCUUCCCGGAGGCGGACAUUUCCGUGGAGAUAUCGGAGAGCGCCAUCCCCGGGACGCGCUUCCCGGUAGAGAACGCCUUCGACCCGGACGUGGGCGCCAACGCGCUCGGCACGUACGCCAUCACCAACAACAACAAUUUCUACCUGGACGUGCAGACGCAAAGCGACGGGAACAAGUUCGCCGAACUGGUGCUGGAGAAGCCGCUGGACCGGGAGCAGCAGGCCGUGCACCGCUACGUCCUCACCGCGGUGGACGGCGGCGACCCGCAGCGCACCGGCACCGCGCUUUUGGUCGUCAAAGUUCUGGACUCCAACGACAACGCGCCCACUUUCGACCAGUCCGUGUACGCGGUGGACUUGCUGGAAAACUCCCCGCUGGGCACGGAAGUCAUCCAACUUAACGCCACCGACGUGGACGAGGGAGAAAACGGAGAGAUUGUUUAUUCCUUCAGCAGCCACAACGCGCCGAGGAUUAAAGACUUGUUCAGCAUCGACGCCCGAACCGGCAGAAUCGAAGUGGCGGGCGAGGUGGACUACGAGGAGUCCGGUACGCACCAGAUUUACGUACAAGCGAAGGACUUGGGCGCCAACGCGGUCCCGGCGCAUUGCAAAGUGCUCGUUAAACUCCUGGACGUGAACGACAACACGCCGGAAAUCAGCUUCAGCACCGUGACCGAGUCCGUCAACGAGCAGGACGCCCCCGCCGUCAUCGCGCUUUUCAGCGUCUCGGACCGGGACUCCGGUGAGAACGGCUUAAUGAGCUGCGAGAUCUUAGGAGACGUCCCCUUCAAGCUGAAGUCCUCCUACAAGAACUACUACACCAUCAUGACGGACGGUCCGCUAGACCGGGAGACCACCGAGUCGUACACCAUCACGGUGGUGGCCAAGGACAAAGGCCAGCCGUCUCUCGCCAGCAGUAAGUCCAUAAAAGUGCACGUAUCUGAUGAAAACGACAACGCGCCGCGUUUUACUCAGGCUGUUUACGACGUGUACGUGACCGAGAAUAACGUGCCGGGCGCCUUCAUCCACGCCGUGAGCGCUUUGGACCCGGAUGUGGGACAGAACGCGCUCAUCACCUACUCCAUAUUGGAGUGUGACAUCCAGGGCAUGUCCGUGGACACCUACGUGUCCAUCAACCAGGACACGGGUUAUUUGUACGCGCUGCGCUCCUUUGAUUACGAGCUGCUCAAAGAGUUCAGCUUCACGGUGCAGGCCAAGGACUCGGGCACCCCGGAACUCUUCUCCAACGCCACCGCCAACGUGAUCAUCGUGGACCAGAACGACAACGCCCCCGCCGUCAUCGCGCCGGUGGGCAGGAACGGCACCGCCAGGGAGCACCUGCCCCGGUCCGCCGAGCCCGGGUACCUGGUGACCCGCGUGGUGGCCAUGGACUCGGACGACGGCGAGAACGCGCGGCUGUCCUACAGCAUCCUGCGGGGCAAUGAGAUGGGGAUGUUUCGCAUGGACUGGAGGACUGGGGAACUGAGGACCGCACGCCGGGUCUCCCCCAAGCGGGACCUUCAGGGUCACUACGACAUUCUGAUCGAGGUGCGGGAUCACGGCCAGCCGCCUUUGUCGUCGUCCGCCAGCGUUAGCGUGAUUUUAGUGGACAGCGUGGUGGAAGGGCGGAGCAACGACCGCGGCGCCGCCUCCAAGGCCAAGGAGACCUCUCUUGACCUGACCCUCAUCCUCAUCAUCGCUUUAGGGUCCGUGUCCUUCAUCUUCUUGCUGGCCAUGAUCGUGCUGGCGGUGCGUUGCCAGAAGGACAAGAAGUUGAACCUUCACACCUGCUUGCUCGACUGCUGCUCGUGUUGCGGCUCCUGCUGCGGCCGACAAGCUCGCAGCCGCAAGCAGAAGAAGCUGAGCAAGUCCGACAUCAUGUUGGUCCAGAGCGCCAACGUGACCUCGGGGGCGGGGGGCCCGGUGGGGCAGGUCCCAGUGGAGGAGUCCGGGGUGGGCGGCGUGGGGGGCGGGUUUGGCUCCCACCACCACCAGAACCAGAACUCGUACUGCUACCAAGUGUGUCUGACGCCAGAGUCGGCCAAAACCGACCUGAUGUUCCUGAAACCCUGCAGUCCCUCACGCGGCGCCGACGUCGACCACGCCAAUCCCUGCGGCACCCUGGUCGGCAGUUACAGCGACCAGCAACCUGACAUCAUUUCGAACGGCAGCAUUCUGUCAAAUGAGAAUAAACACCAGCGGUCGGAGCUCAGCUACCUGGUGGACAGACCGAGACGUGUGAACAGUUCGGCAUUCCAAGAAGCAGACAUUGUCAGCUCUAAGGACAGCGGUCACGGUGAUAGCGAACAAGGCGACAGCGAUCACGACGCCACCAACCGGGGCCUCACUGCUGGUGCUGACCUGUUCUCCAACUGCACAGAGGAGUGCAAGGCCCUGGGCCACUCGGACCGCUGCUGGAUGCCGUCCUUCGUCCCCUCUGACGGGCGCCAGGGGCCGGACUACCGCAGCAACCUCCACGUCCCCGGGAUGGACGCCACGCUACCAGACACUGAGGUACCCGCCUCUAUCGACCUUCCCGAAGUGGCCUUGACCUCGACCAACGAUAGGUCAUUCUCCACCUUUGGCAAGGAUGGUCUCAGGUCACAGUCACACAACAGCCUUCACCAUCACCUCCAUCAGCAACAGCAGCAGUACAGCGCCAGCACGCUAGAGAGGAAAGAGUAUGAUAGGGGGACGCUUCCGUACAAACCCACCUUUCUCUCCCGCAAGAGGAUUUGCUAGCUCGUUCCACGUGGACCUGUCAGAGACAGCGUGAAGUUGAGCAAUCGGCCGCCAAUACUGAUCAUAGAGACCUCAGACUCGAUAACAGAACUUUGGAGUACGACAACUCUGGAUAAGCGUCUCUCUUCUCUUGGGCGGCAAACGCUGCGAGACAAAACCUCGGCCCCGGACGCCAAUGAAGAAGAGAGGUCGCGGUAAAGAAUUGAGAGGAACAUUCCAAGGCCUUAUUCCUCUCAGCGGGACUGAGAUCAGGACUACAAACAUCGUGAAGAUGACGGAAGUACUCAGCGGAGGAAAGAAGGGGUUUUCGGAGCUUUUUUUUUGUUUUGUUUACAUGACUUAACAAACUGGGACCGACAUCCCGUGGAGCCCUUUAGCUAUUUCUCAGCGAGCCAACUGUACAGAAGACUGUGGGAUGCAGAGGGUGGUGUACAGGAAAUAUACGGCACAGGAAAAGAUGUAUGACUUCUUUGGUUUGUUUGAGUUGUUCUCUCUGUGUGCUUCACAUAUUACAACAUAUUCUGUAGACGGGAUUUAAAGGCGAAAGGUUUAGUCUCACAUGAAUGUUCGCUAAUAUUCCGGCUCCUUUCCGAGCUCGUCGAAGGGGAAGUUAUGAGGAUUCUCUCGACCUACACGUAAACAAUCAGAGACGUUCAGUGGUUUUUAUCAUGUGUGCAAAGUGUUUACUGUGCUAUUUUAAAAAGCUUUUCAAUGAAUAUAAAUCUAUACAUAUAAAACAAUAUAUAUAUAAAAAAAAACUAUAUAACAUUUUUUUUUCUCCAGAAAACUGUGUAACAUUGAUUUGUGCGCCUCAUUCGAUCUGAUGAUUCCAAGUGCCACAAAACCGUUGAUGAAAAGGAAAGCUGCAAUUAAAGCCUGGAUUAUGUUACGGUGCAGUCGCUACACCGUCACCAUCAACCGGUGUUGCCAGAUGGGAAAUUUGUUUUAAUACUAGAAGUGUAAAAUGUUGUUAUUUUGAGGAAAACUAUCCUGGGAUGUGAAUCUUAGAAAAACACUCGGUUCAACUUGAUUCCGAGUCGAUUCAAAAUCAAUUCUCGAUUCAACACAAUUCUCUGAUUCAAGUAUAAAAAUGAUAAUAAAACCUUCUCAAAACAGGUUGGAUAGACAGAUGGAUAGAUAGUACUUUAUUGGAGAGUUCCCUCAGGAAAAUUUAAAUUCCAGCAGCAGUGUACAGAAUUGAGAUCAAAUUUAAAAAGUAUAAAGUAAAUAAUGGGGGUAUAAAUGGAAGCUAAAAUAGAAAAAUAUUACAAUAAGAAUAAAAAUAAAAAUCAACAAUGAGAAUCAAAAUAUAACAGUAAAAUAAGAAUAUAACAAGAGAACCUAGGCAGUAGUGACCAUGUUAUGAAAAAGUAUUGCACUGUUAUUGUUUUGCAUCCCCUGUCAUCCUAGUACUCCCCCCAGAGAGGAGUUGUACAGUCUAAUGGCGUGUGGGACAAAGGAGUUUUUGAGUCUAUUAGUCCUGCACUUGGGAUGAAGCAGUCUAGCACUGAACAGGCUCCUCUGGCUACUGACAACGGUAUCCAGAGGGUGACUGGCAUCAUCCAGGAUGCUCACUAGUUUUUCCACAGUCCUCUUCUCUGCCACCGUCACCAGUGAGUCCAGUUUCAUUCCGAUCGUAGAACCGGACCGCCUGAUCAGUUUACCUUAGUAAGGCUGGUUGUUCCGUUGUUCGCAACAUAGCUCGAAAAGUUAUAGGCAUAUUUUUAAUUAAACUUUCAGGAAAUGUCUGAAAUGGGAUAAGGAACACGUGAUUCCAUUUUGGGCUGAUCUGGAUUAUUUCUACGAUGUUAUGAUCGCCUCAACUUCUGUGUGAAAAUACCAAAAGCGUCACUUUGUUUCUUUCAUUCCGCUAGCUUUACAUAACAAAAAAAAAAAUGUGGGCAGAUUUUGAUGACACUUUCCGGAAGUGGGCUAAGUAACAAGUGAUUACAUUUUAAGGGUGAUCCAGAUCAACGUCUGUAUUCAGCAUUUUUUUUUUACGAUCGGAAGGAGGGCCUGACAGAGGUCUGCGCCCUCUGAGUGCAGAUUGUUGUGGAUUAUAUUUCCUAUUUUUGAACGUAUUACUUGGUUAUUGUUUAAUGUAUAUAACUGACAUAUUUAAAUUACUAUUCCUACAAUUUGAUUGUCACAAAAUUCUAUAAAAGUAUAGAGGUUUAUUUGAAAUAGGGACGGAUACAAAAACAUAGACAUCUGAAACAGUUAUCCAAUGUAUGCAUCAUAGUGUUUGUAGCCAAAGCUAAUUUACAACACUUGUCCCCAACAACAACAACACAGAUCCAACAUCAUUAAAAUAGGAAAAUAAAAAAUAGAAUGAGUCGAUAAUAAUGAUAAUAGUAAUAAUAUAGACAAAGUGCAACCUAGAUAAAAGCCAAUAAUAAUAAUAACACAGACAAAGUGCAGACUAGAUAAAACCCAAUUAGUAAAAAUGAGUAAAAACUAAACAUGGGAACACGAUUGUUGUUCAACUAGACAUAAUUUUGUUUGUUUUUUGAAAGUGACAAGUGCAGGUAUACUUUUCUAAGUGUCCGGUAAAGAGUUCCAUAGUUGUGGUCCUUUUAUUGAAAAGGCAGUUUGGGCAAAAGAUGUCCUACGAAAUGGAACACAACAGUUGCCUUUUGACAUUGCUCGGGUGGUAGAUCUGGUGCCACUUUGCAGUCUUGUAAUUGCCUUGCAGAGCAAUUGGGGAGCAGAGUUAUCCAAGCAUUUAAAAACCAGGUUGACUGUGUGUAACAAAAUAAAAUUGGUAAAACUUAAAAUAUUGUAUUUGGUUAAAAUUUGGCAAUGAUGAUACCGUAUACUCUUCUUGUCUAGAACUUUCAAGGUGCGGUUAUAAAGACACUCAAUGGUCUUGAUUGAUGACUGGUGUGCCUGGGACCAUGUAGUUAAGCCAUAAGAUAUGUGUGAAAGAAUCAUUGCAUUCAUAAAAGUAAAAGCACAGCUAAGAGUUAAGCAGUGUCUUAUAAUCUUAAAACAGCCUAGGUUUGCCUUCAGGGUUUUACACAUUUUCUUAAUGUGACUUUUAAAAUUCAGCUGAUAGUCUAUGAUUAUGCCCAAAUAUUUGACUUCAGUUACUUGUUCAAUGAGCUCCUCAUUAAUUUGUAUAUUCAGGUUUGUUUGAGGUAGCUUUUUUAUGGAGAAGCAGACAGAGUUAGUCUUUUAAAGGGAAACAUUAUCACAAUUUCAGAAGGGUUAAAACCAUUAGAAAUCAGUUCCUAGUGGCUUAUUUUGUUUUUCGAAGUUUUUUUCAAAAUGUUACCCAUCACGCAAUAUCCCUAAAAAAAGCUUCAAAGUGCCUGAUUUUAACCAUCGUUAUAUACACCCGUCCAUUUUCCUGUGACGUCACACAGUGAUGCCAACACAAACAAACAUGGCGGAUAGAAUAGCAAGGAAUAGCGACAUUAGCUCGGAUUCAGACUCGGAUUUCAGUGGCUUAAGCGAUUCAACAGAUUACGCAUGUAUUGAAACGGAUGGUUGUAGUGUGGAGGCAGGUAGCGACAACGAAAUUGAAGAAAAAAUUGAAGCUAUUGAGCCAUAUCGGUUUGAACCGUAUGCAAGCGAAACCGACGAAAACGACACGACAGCCAGCGACACGAGAGAAAGCGAGGACAAAUUCGGCGAUCGCCUUCUAACCAACGUGUUUGUUUGGCAUGAAAGGAAACUAACAACUAUGAACUAGGUUUACAGCAUAUGAAAUAUGUUUGGCAACAACAUGCACUUUGAGAGUGCAGACAGCCCAGUUUUCAUCAAUUAAUAUAUUCUGUAGACAUACCCUCAUCCGCUCUCUUCUCCUGGGGGUCUGGCGGCAGAUUUAUUUGACUUUAUCGUUGGAAAUGCAUCUGCUUUGAGUGUCGCAGGAUACCCACACAUUCUUGCCAUCUCUGUCGUAGCAUAGCUUUCGUCGGUAAAGUGUGCGGAACAAACGUCCAAUUUCUUGCCACUUUCGCAUCUUUGGGCCACUGGUGCAACUUGAAUCCGUCCCUGUUCGUGUUGUUACACCCUCCGACAACACACCGACGAGGCAUGAUGUCUCCAAGGUACGGAAAACAGUCGAAAAAACGAAAAUAACAGAGCUGAUUUGACUCGGUGUUUGUAAUGUGUUUGAGAAAAUGGCGGAUUGCUUCCCGAUGUGACGUCACGUUGUGACGUUAUCGCUCCGAGAGGGAAUAAUAGAAAGGUGUUUAAUUCGCCAAAAUUCACCCAUUUAGAGUUCGGAAAUCGGUUAAAAAAAUAUAUGGUCUUUUUUCUGCAACAUCAAGGUAUAUAUUGACGCUUACAUAGGUCUGGUGAUAAUGUUCCCCUUUAAGUAAAAAGGCGUUGACAUAAAAAAAUUAACUUAUCUUAUUUUUUAUAAGCACCGAUUUCAGCACUGUUUAGGCGAUGACCCCAUUUUGAAAACACCAAUUUGGUACUAGUUUAGUAAAAAAAGUAAACAUACCUAUCUCUAUUCCAGUGUCGUAGAUAGGGACGGAAAUCUUACAAAAACGACCAGGUCAAAUCCAACUAUUGGGAUGAUAAUUCGACUCAGAAUUGAUUCCCAAUUCAAAAUGAUUCUUGCAAUAUAUUUUGUGGCAUAUAAAUUAUGAUAAAACCUUUUCAAAACAUGGUUACAAAAGCUCCUCCGAGCUUCUGACAUAUGACGUAAGCCCGGACAUAGCUUAAAAACGUCUUUUUAAAAAUGUUGAAUCAAUUCAAAAUCGUAUUUAUAUAGCUGGAACUAUCCCAUGUGGAACAUCACUUACUUGUACUGUUCAUGUUGCUCCCAAACAAGAAGAAGACAUUCUUAAUAAAAAUGAUGAAGAGAGAAAAAACAGGCAGGGUUUCGCACCGAAAAAUAUGUAUUAAAAUAUCCGACCAAUCAUCUUCUUUAAUGUAAGGCUAGGAAUGGAACUACCGGUGGUUUGGAGCAGGUGUUGGUGCAGUGACGCUGACACCGUAACAUAAUCUAGGCUGAAGCGAAACACUGUCAUAUCAACCAAGGACUAUCUUAAUUUUCUUCUGGACUUGUCACGGUUUACAAACACUAAACAGUUUUGUGUACAGCGCAGACACCGAUAUCUUGACCGGAUGUGUAUUUUUAGCCUGAUAUAUGCUCAUGUACAGGACUAGGGGGCUUUCACUACUGAGCUAUAGUUGACGGACCUUACCAUCAUGUGAUCACAUGUUCACAGGUCAAGUGAUAAAUAAACAGUGUCAUUGA